CUCUCCUGCCCUGUCUCUAUCUGGAGGCUAUAAAAGCUCUGCCUGAGAGCUGCUGGCCACGCCACCUCCGGGCGCAGCACUCGUCCCCAGUAAGCACAGAGGGAGAGCAGUGAGGACCCCCAGCCUUCCCCUGUCCACCAGGGCACAGCUCCUGUCCUCCUGUCCUCCUCCGCAGAGCCGUGAUGAUCCAGCGCCGCAGGCCGUCCUCCGGCCUCUGGAAGAUCGUGGUGUGGGAUGAGCCCUUCUUCCAGGGCAAGCGGCACGAAUUCACCACCGACUGCUACAGCACGCCGGAGCGCGGCUUCAGCACCGUGCGCUCCUUCAGGAUCGAGAGUGGGGCCUGGGUGGGCUUCGAGCACUGCGGCUUCCAGGGGCAGCAGUUCGUGUUGGAGCGUGGUGAGUAUCCGUGCUGGGAGGCGUGGAGUGGCAGCAACGCCUACCACGUGGACAGGAUGAGCUCCUUCCGCCCCAUCACCUGUGCUGAGCACAGGCGCAGCCAGCUGCUGCUGUUCGAGCAGGAGAACUUCCAGGGCAGGAGGGGGGAGCUGAGCGACGACUGCCCCUCACUGCCCGCGCUGGGCUGGGGCGGCAGUGCCGUGGGCUCCUUCCUCGUGUGCUCCGGCGCGUGGGUCUGCUCACAAUACCCCGGGUACCGGGGCUUCCAGUACCUCCUGGAGAGCGACAGCCACGCCGGAGAGUAUAAGCACGUUCGGGAGUGGGGCUCCCAUGCUCAGACGGGCCAGGUGCAGUCCAUCCGCAGGGUCCAGCAGUGA